AUGUAUUCUUAUUACACUCUGAAAGCAUUGCGCUACAAAUUACCGAAAAAUGUGGCUAUGAUGAUCACUACGUUACAGAUAGUACAAAUGAUGAUGGGUUGCACUGUAACUAUUGCGGCUUAUUAUUACCAAAGAAGUGGUCAUUUUGAAUGUUAUUGUACACAGAAAAAUUUCAUACUUGCUUUUCUCAUGUAUUUUGGCUAUAUGAUCCUCUUUGUUAGAUUUUUUUGUAAGAAUUACUUGUCCGCCGAACAUGCGAGCAAAGACGGGAAGAAAAUUCAGUUCGAUGAAACCGCGAAAUAUGGCAAAAAAAAAACUAAUUAAGCAUAUUUUUCUGAACGAAUACGAUGUUUCCUGAGAAUCUUUUCUGAAAAUAUAGAAAUUCGUUUCGAGAAAUGAUUCAUAACUAGGGAUUGAAAUAAAUAGUUGUCUAUUGUUUUUAAGAA